UAAAUUGAAAAUUCAAUUCCUCUGUUUUUUCCAAGCACUGACACAUACACACUUACAGAUUCACCGUCACUCCCUGCUCGAUUCAUUUUCAUCACCCACUUCUCAAGCAAACACACAUGGUUUUCCGAGUGUUUUUCACUCUCUCCAAUCCUUGAUUGUAUGCUUAUCUGGGUGUGACCCAGAAGUUGAAAAGUUUUGAUAAGGUGAGAGAGAUAGGCAUAGGCCUCGUCUUGUUUUGUUUGGGGUUAUUGAUUGAAUCUGGGAUGUGGGUCAGUUUCAAAACUUGAUUUUUGGCGGUGGAGUUUUUUUUGAUUGAAUUUGCGAUAUGGGUGUCGGUGUUGGCGUGGAAUCCUUGAUUCGGUGGUGAAUUGUGGAAGGAAUCGGCGGAAGAUGCGGCGGCGGGCAGCCGAGUACCGGCGCCCGGUUCGAAGGAAGUUUUCGCAUUGGAUCUGGGCGCUGCUUGGCUUGUUCUCCAUUGCAGGCCUCGUUUUGUUUGUACUUCAUCAUAAUCAACAUGAAGAUCGGGUGGAAAACACAGCUUUGGAGAGAAAUGCAAGAAUUGAACGGGUUGCCCACAGGGAGUUGAAUUUUACUGAAGAAAUAUUGAGUCCUACCUCGUUUUCUCGGCAACUAGCGCAGCAAAUGAUACUUGCCAAGGCUUAUGUCAUUAUUGCCAAAGAGCACAAUAACCUUCACCUUGCGUGGGAGCUGAGCUCAAAGAUCAGAACUUGCCAGCUUUUGCUUUCGAAAGCUGCCAUGAGAGGGGAGCCCAUCACAUUAGAGGAAGCAGAGCCAAUAAUUAAAAGCUUAUCAUUUCUCAUAUUUAAGGCACAAAGCGCCCAUUAUGACAUUGCAACCACAAUAAUGACAAUGAAAUCCCACAUUCAGGCACUUGAAGAGCGUGCAAAUGCAGCAACAGUCCAAAGCACAGUGUUUGGUCAAUUGGCAGCUGAAGCACUACCUAAGAGCCUUCAUUGUGUUAAUGUUAAACUCACAGCUGAUUGGCUUAUUAAGCGAGUUCUGCAAGAACUUGCAGAUGACAAGAGAAACUCUCCUCGCCUUACAGACAACAAUCUCUACCAUUUCUGUAUCUUUUCAGAUAAUGUGCUGGCUACCUCUGUAGUUGUCAACUCUACUGUCUCCAAUGCUGAUCAUCCAAAGCAGUUGGUCUUCCACAUUGUCACAAAUGGAGUUAACUAUGGAGCAAUACAGGCUUGGUUCCUUAAUAAUGACUUCAAAGGGUCCACCAUAGAAGUGCGGAACAUUGAGGAAUUUUCUUGGUUAAAUGCAUCUUAUGCUCCCAUUGUGAAACAACUCCUUGAUCCAGAUUCACGGGCCUACUAUUUUGGGGGAGAUCAAGAUUUGAAGAUUGAGCCAAAACUGCGGAACCCUAAGUACCUGUCUUUGCUGAAUCACCUUCGGUUUUACAUUCCAGAGAUCUAUCCGCAGCUUGAGAAGGUAGUUUUUCUUGAUGAUGAUGUUGUUGUCCAAAAGGAUCUGACACCACUUUUUUCGUUGGAUUUGCAUGGAAAUGUGAAUGGAGCAGUGGAAACUUGUCUGGAAGCGUUUCAUCGUUAUUACAAAUAUCUCAAUUUCUCGAACUCAAUUAUCAGUUCAAAGUUUGAUCCACAAGCGUGUGGAUGGGCAUUUGGUAUGAAUGUUUUUGAUUUGAUUGCAUGGAGGAAAGAAAAUGUGACUGCACGGUAUCAUCAAUGGCAGGAGCAGAAUGCUGACGGGACACUUUGGCAGCUGGGCACCCUUCCUGCUGGUCUUCUAACUUUCUAUGGUCUCACAGAGCCACUUGAUCGGAGAUGGCAUGUGUUAGGGUUGGGUUAUGAUAUAAAUAUUGACAACCGUUUAAUUGAGAGUGCAGCGGUGAUUCACUUUAAUGGGAAUAUGAAGCCAUGGUUAAAGUUGGCCAUUCGCAGGUAUAAGCCUCUAUGGGAACGGUACAUAAAUCAAAGCCACCCAUAUCUCCAAGAUUGUGUCACAAGUUAAAAUCUGCUACUUCUUGAUUGCUGGUUACUUAUGCGAUGAUCAUUAUUUUUAAACUCUAAUCUGUGAUCGCAUAAUUGUAGGGUCAGAAGUAGGAAAUUUUGACUUUGAUAGAAGGUUCUCUUUUUCAUUUUUCCAUCAUAGUGUUUUGAAAGGAAAAGAACAAUUUUUAUACAUUAGAAAGUUUAAAUGUACUAGGUGAACAGGUUUGGAGGAUUCUUUUUGGGCUAAUGGGGUUUUGCUUCUUCCCCUUCGACAAGCUGUAGAAUUAUUUGUUAGCAAUUCUUGUAAUAAUAUUUCAUCUUUUUUAAAUUAUAAUGUAACUGAACCAAAAUAAUAUUUAAACAAAAAAGAACCUUUCAUGUUCUUGUA